ACACACACACACACACACACACACACACACACACACACACACACACACACCCUUCCCCUCCGUCCUCGGCGUCUGCAGCAGCACUCUCUGAGCCCGCGGCCACGGCCCCGGAUCCGUCUGUCUCACCUGCGCCGCCGCCGCCGCCGCGCGCUUCUCCAUCGCGGGGAAAGUUGGAGGACUAAUUCACCAGAUAUCGCGCGCGCUCGUGUGUCGCUGUAAAUCCAGAAGAAGAACAACGCACAACGCACAGCGCUCUUUGGAAAGCGGGGACUGUUGAGGACUUUUCCAUUUUUUGUUGUUGUUGUUGUUGUUGCGGUUACAGACUCGUUGAUGAAAUGAUGCCAGCCUGAAAAGAGGAGACGGUUGUGUUUUGUUUGCAGCGUUGGAGGAGACAGCGGCGCCGGAUAUAAUAAGAUCGAUAUGGGGACGAUGCUGACCGUGCGCGCGCGUCCGUGACGGCAAGCGGCGUCGCGAGGAAUACGGCGGAUUUGUUUUAAAUGGAGAACAGCUCAAGGAGGACACAUUGCGUGCAAAGUUGCGCGUCUUUCUGCUGAGGGAGUUAUCCAGCGGCUCCCCAUCCAUCCAUCCAUCCACCCACCCCCGUCGAAUCAACAUGAGUCCACGGCGAGAGAUGGGACCGCUUCGCUGCGUGGGACUCACCGCUUUUCUCUUGUGCACAGUGGUUGAUAGCAAGGUGAUCUUGGAGGGCCUGCAGAGGUACGGACCCGCACCAAUCUAUCUGCCCGUCAGCUACCGGAUCCUCAACGCAGAGUCGGCGUUCUUCCUACAGGAGGCCAACCAGGACUUAAUGAGGAACUCCAGCCUGCAGGCUCGCACCGAGUCCUUCUUCAUCCACCAGGCCCGCCAGAUGCCUUUCAUCAAUGCCAGUUACGGGCCGUUGUCUGUCCAGCAGCCCGUCCCCCUGGAGCUGCUGCAGACCACGCCAGGCCCGUUCAACACCCCCCCUUUCACCACAUCAUCAGCACCGACCUCGCCCUCAUCGUCACCCCUCUUCACCUUCAACUGGAAGGUCCACACCUACAUUAUCAGUGAGCGGAUUCACCCCAGCUGGCCGAAGGUUCAGGUGUUGUUCUACAUCGCCGGGAGGGACUGGGAUGAUUACAGCGCCAUCCACAAGCUGCCCUGCGUCCGGAUGUUCGCCUUCCACGAGACCCAAGAGGUGCGCGGGACGUGCAGGCUCAAAGGCGAGCUGGGGAUAUGCGUUGCCGAGCUGGAGCCCCUGGCCAGCUGGUUCAGCCUGCCCACCGUCAGACCGGGAAGGCAGAGGGUCUCUGAGCAGGCCCAGGGAUCCCCCGUGGAGCUCUACUACAUGGUCCAAACCACGGACAGCGGAGACUGCAGCGCCGAGGACUCGAGAAAGGCGAGCGCCGCGCACUCGGACCAGCAGAGGCCGGUGGGCUACUUCGCAGGGCACACGCCUAUGCAGCGCAUCGGGAGCGUCCGGCUGUUUCAGCCGCUGUCGGAGCUGAAGCUGGACAACAACUUUGUGGUGAUGGCGCCCUCCAAACCCAUCCGGCAGAGAGAGACCGUCUCCGCUUUUCUGGCUCUCUCCACGCUUUCCACAGUGCCGAUAUUCACCCUCAGGGUCAAGCUGAAGGACGGGGUGGCGUUUCUGGGAGCCAGAGCCAGCAACCCCGUCGUGUGGACGGUGAGUCAGGACGUCAGAAGUGAAGGUCACAGGGUCGUGACCCUCCACUGUCGGAGGAAGGAGAACAGCUUCAGCCAAAGGGCCGAGGCACCGGGCUACCAGCGGGUCCUGCAGGUGGACCUGGAGGUGAACGGGCUGAUGAUGACUCAGGGGGGCCGGGAAGUGACGUGGCAGGUGGAGUACCCGCUAACCCGGACCCUGACCAGUGAGGUGCCGACCCUCAUCCGCCUGGCACCGCAGGACCUGGGUGGCAUCGUGCCGCUAGCUAUGGACACUGAGAUCCUCAACACAGCCGUUCUGAAUGGGCGAACAGUAGCCGUGCCGGUGAAAGUAGUCACCGUGGGAACGGACGGAGCGAUCUCUGAUGUAACUGAAUCAGUGGAGUGCAAGUCAACAGACGAACAAGUCAUCAAGGUGUCCGAGCGCUGCGACUAUGUGUAUGUCAACGGGAAGGAGACAAGAGGGAAGAGGGUGAUGCUCAACUUUACCUACAGUUUCCUGAGCGCCCAGCUGGAGAUGAGCGUGUGGAUGCCCCGCCUGCCCUUGGUCAUCGACUUGGCCGACCCAGAGCUCAGCCAGAUUAAAGGCUGGAGGGUUCCCGUUGGUACUGGUAAUAGAAGGUACGAGAGGGUCACUGAUGACCGGAAUGAAGACGACGCAGCGGACGAGAGGAAGGAGGGUGGCUGCGUGGCCCAGUAUCAGAGCACCACCCUGCGCGUCCUCACGCACUUUGUGGCGGACGGGGGAGACGUCAGGGGAGCCGCGGAGGAGGGCGGCCUCGGUCAGCAGAGCUUCCUGCUGGGUAGCGACUGGCAGGUGGAGGUGACACAACUGGUCAAGGACUUUCUGAGGGUGGAGGUCCCGAAGGUGGCACAACUGCUGGAUGGACAAGUUCUAGUGGGAACGAGCGCUGGAAUCACCAAACUACAGGUGCUGUCCCCUUUGACGUCGGCGGUCCUGGCUGAGAGGACCGUUCGGGUUCUAGAUGACAAAGUGAGCGUGACGGAGCUGGGGGUGCAGUUGGUCUCUGGACUGUCUCUGUCCCUGCAGCUCAGCCCGGGCAGCAACAGGGCCAUUGUCGCCACUGCAGCCACACAGGAAGUCAUUGAAUCACUCAAACAGGAGUCGCUCAUCAGCGCUUGGCUCCAGUUCAGCGACGGCUCCAUGACCGCUCUAGACAACUACAACCCGGCCCAUUUUACCCUGACAGCCACCUCUUUGGACGAACGGGUGGUGGCGGUAAAGCGCAGCGCGGCGUGGAAAUGGCCAAUCGUUGUUGCCAAGGGGGAGGGUCAGGGGUUGCUUGUGCGCGUUGAAAUGAGCCAAUCGGAGGUGUGCCAGAAGGGAAAACGCCGCACUAGCUUGGCCACCGGAAUGGCAAACAUACAGACACGGUUUGGUCAGCAAGGGGAGCAAUACAGACCACCGGGAGACCGGCGAACGCGGCCCGAUCCCCCGUACUACGGCGGGUCCAUUGCUGACGUAGAAACUGGCAUAAUCAACCGUGGAGCCACCACCAUCAGGGGCCACGUGCCAGUGAGACCAAGUGGCGGCCGUCUGUCAGCGGACAGCGGGGCCAGGGUCCCGAACGAGUUCUCCGAAUACCCAGACCAGGCGGAGCUGCCUCGUAGCCGCAGCACCGACGACGACCUGCUACCGUCCCGGCGAAGCCUGACAGACCUGGAGAUUGGAAUGUACGCCCUGCUGGGGGUCUUCUGCCUGGCCAUCCUGGUGUUUCUCAUCAACUGCAUCUCGUACGCGUACAAGUACCGCAGCAAGCAGCUGUCCCUGGAGGCCCCGGAGGCGAUGCCCCACGCCCACGACUGGGUUUGGCUGGGCCAAGACGAGGGCCUGUGCCUGCAGCAGCAGCAGCAGCAGGACGAGCUGGGUGGGGCCCUGCAGGAGGGUAGUCAGUUACUCAACGGGGGGAUUCACGGAGGCUGCAGCGCGAGUGGGAGGGAUCACCGGAGCGAGUCCCUUAACUCACCCACUACCAAGAGAAAGCGGGUGAAGUUCACCACCUUUUCCAACGCCAAGUCCGGUAACGGAUGUCCGGCGCUCAGCCCGUUAGCGCUUGUGCAGACCAGUGAGAUAAAAUGGGUGUGUCCAGACAUUGAGCUCGGGGACUCACAGGAUCUUAGGAACUACAUGGAAAAGCUAAAUGAGAAUGCUAUCAAGAACACUGCGUAGGAGAUGCUGGGUGUUUUCAAUGAACUAGAGAAACUCACCUGAAUGCCUUCAGAAUAGGGAGGAAAUGAAGUUAGAAAAAAAAAGAAGUACAGAAGAGAGGCUGGGAUUGAUGAACAGGAAGUUCAGCUGCUGUUAUUUCAAUGGGUUGGAGAGUUUUAGGCAACGGACCACUACAGGACAUGAUUUGCCGUGACACCACAGUAUAGAUAUAGGGAGGGAAAAUGUGAACUUGAUAUUGUUGCUUAACUUUAAUGUAUGUUGUUUGUCUUUAAUUGAGGUUCAGUUUUCUUUUCAAUGCCCCAUCUACUCUGUUUUAUAUUUUCUUUAAGUCAUUAUAUUUUAUUGUUGUGUUUGUUGUACUUUUUUUGCGCUUUGUUGCAUUUUAUAAAAGUUUCUGUAUGCUCUGUACCAUGUCAGCAAAUAUACAUUCUAGGAGAGAAGAGUUAAAAGCAAUUUUGUACUGUUGUAUAGUUUGAUUUGAGAUAUUACGUGUAUAGUAACAUUUUGUAAAGUGCUGUUUGGUUUCAGUUUUUUUCGUUUGUAGCUUAGUUUUUAUUUUGUCGUCAGAAACCAGAUCCACGUAUGACGUUACAAAGAGGAGGCAUGUCUGUCUGAUCUGGUACCUGAAAAUACAGUGUGUAGAUAACUAAUACCAAUACCUCUGGAGACAUGUCAGCUUAAUAUUAUUGCAUUCAUUCACCUCAGAGCUGAGCUUCGGAUUCAGUAGGUCGAUAUUGGUUGAAAAAUGUACCCGGACAUUUGAACCCUCCUUGUGUGAAUGUUAUUUUUGUAUGCCUUGUUCUAUUCAGUUAUAUAUUCACAUAAAAAAAAAAUACUUUUGACAUUACUUCAAACCCUAAGAUUACAAAUCCAAAAGGCAGUAGUCACAUUGAACUGAAAAUCACUAUCAAGAGACUCAACAGACAAUCACAUGAGUAAUGUAUGGUUCAACCUCUAUCAUUUAUAAUUUUCCGUGAAAUCGGUCCCCUUUACGGUUCCUGAGGCCUCGGUGGUGAUCGGUAGACGUAGUUCAUCUUAAACCUCUGUGUCUGACAUUUUGGAUUCCCGCAAAAGCGUUGUGACAGGGAGUGAAAGAAACUGUGAAGUGAAAGCCCCAAAUCUGACCUUGCUUUUAAUAUGUCGGUAUUCGUCAUGUCCAUCCUUUUCUAUCUCUGUUUUCAAAUUGGCUGCUGGACUAAUUAAAAGUGGAGGCGACUCUUCUCCAUCACGCA